AUGGCAACUAUUGUAACAAAUCCAUGUCCUAACAUGUUAGCAAUACCACGUAAUGGGGCAUCGAAUCCAAAAAUCUUUGAUGAUGAGUUGAUUAUGAAACAUCUUGAUAACCGAUUUAUCACAAAUCUUGGUGUCUCUUAUAAUGAUCGCAUGCAAGACUAUAUAG